AUGGGUGCAAUUAAUCUUAUCGAAGCUGUUAAUUACGAUACGAAUCCGGUCGUCGUUCACUGCUCUGCUGGAGUUGGUCGUUCUGGAACUAUUGUGGGAAUUUCUUUGAUUAUGGAUAAGAUGAUUCAGGGAAUUAAUUGCAAAGACAUGAAAAAGUUAGUCGAGGAAAUCCGCAAUCAGCGUCACUAUGCCAUUCAGACGGAGGCGCAAUACAUGUACAUUCACCGUGUUCUCCUCGAAUACUUCUUGGAAUUGCACAAAGAGACGUACGAAGGAUUGUUGCUGACAAAGAAUUACGAGGAAAAGUAUGCAAAGUGGCUGGACGAUUAUAACACCUACGCAGAAGCCAACGAUCGUACUCAAGCAGCUAAGGCGGCCCGCGCAGCCUUGUAAUGGAUUCCUUGUAGAUGAAGUGUGA